UCAAUCGAGUUGAACGGGUGGCGGGGCGGCACUUGAGAUCCGCUCUCCUCUCCCCUCCCCUAUUUAACCCGUCCUCCCUCGCGCCACACCAACUUUAAAGCGCGGGCGACCGAGAGACGGACCGAAGGGGAAAGCAGAAGCGGAGGAAGAAGAAGAAGAAGCGAGACGAUGUCGUGGCAAACGUACGUGGACGACCACUUGAUGUGCGAGAUCGAGGGCCACCAUCUCACCGCGGCGGCGAUCGUCGGCCAGGACGGCAGCGUCUGGGCCCAGAGUGCAUCCUUUCCCCAGUUUAAAUCUGAGGAAAUCACCAACAUAAUAAAUGAUUUUAAUGAACCUGGAACGCUUGCCCCAAUCGGUUUAUUCCUUGGGUCAACAAAGUACAUGGUCAUCCAAGGAGAGUCUGGAGCUGUAAUCCGUGGAAAGAAGGGAUCAGGAGGCAUCACUGUGAAGAAGACUAACCAAGCUAUGAUCUUUGGCAUUUAUGAUGAGCCAAUGACUCCAGGACAGUGCAACAUGGUGGUGGAGAGGUUGGGUGACUACCUCAUUGAUCAGGGCCUGUAGUUCCCGAUGCUAUUAUGAUUCAUCAGCACAUGCCUUCUCCCUGCCAAUGGAAACCACCACACAUUUUCUUCAUUCCAUCAAUCUUUCAGCAUAAUUAUAGGGUAAUAAUUCGGCAAACAGACAGCAAAUACCAUAGUCCAUGUUUGAGGAGUUGUUUCCCAUCUUGUUCUCUCAGAUCAAACCCCAUAUGAUGAUAACUUGGGUUUGUGUUCUUGAUUUUUGUUGUCCUUGUUGUCUUUCUUUAUCAAUAAGCUAUUCCUUGAAUAGGUUUGAUA